UCCAAUUUCAGAUUCUCUUCUCUCUCAUUCUUCUGCGUCUUCCUCCUCCUCCUCCUUCUCCUUCUCCUUCUUCCCGUUUUCUCUCUCAUCGACCGGAGCAGACCAAACCAAACCAAACCAAACCUCUCCAAUCCAAUACGGAGAGAGACACAUGUAUGUGCAAAUGAAUCAAUGAUCCUUUGGAGCGCCAAUCUGUUACGCUUAUCCCCAACUCUCUCUCUCUCCUCCUCUUCUUCGCUUCCCGCUCUUCACAGGCUUCCUCUCACUUGAUUCCCCAAUGCAAUCGCGUGAUCUCCGAUGCGACCCCGCCAUGUCCGGCGAAGCCUCCCCGAACCCCUGGAAUACUCACCAGGCAGAGAGCGAAACCAACGGCGAGACUCAAGCCAAAGACAACGGUGUCGUGAGGAGGGAGCGUCCGUCUCGGGCCAGCGCGGCGAGGGCGGCGGCCAGGCUUUACGCCGCCGCGGUUUCGGAGCGGAAGCAGAAGGUGAAGAAGGAGCGGCGGAAGGAGAAGUCGCCGGUGCAAUCUCCGCCCCCGCCGACGCCGCAAUGCAAGAUUGUGACGCCGCUGGUGGUUGAGCCCCCGCCGUCGCUGUUGCCGCGGUGGAGUGUCCGGUCGAUGUGGCAGUUGGCUUCGGUUCUUAACUUCCUCAAUGUUUUCAGAUCCCUUUUGAAUAUAAAGGUGGAAUUCUCCGCUGAGGAGUUUGAGACCGCUUUGAUUUCGCCAAACAACACACUGGCCGAAAUACAUAUUCCUUUACUAAAGGCAAUCCCUCCUAUCACACGAAUGGCACUUGGUCAUAAUACUUGGAUCACUGUUCUAUGCAGAAAGUUGAGAGACUGGUGGUAUUGGGUUGCAGAAGGCGAGCUACCAAUAGUUGCAUCACAGGGGGCUGAAGUUGAAGCAUAUAAUACCCUUGAUCCUGGGGUCCGUGUAGUGAUUCUGAAAGCUUUAUGUGACAUCCGUGUUGAGCAAGAAGAUAUUCGGAAUUACAUAGACAACUCAGUCAAACAUGGUGUUCAACUUUCAGCAUUCCGUAAGGAACGUAUUGGAGGUGAUUCUUAUGGAAUCUCAUAUUGGUAUGAAGAUGAUCCUUCAAUUGGUCAUCGCUUGUACCGAGAAAUUAGGAAAGUGGAGGUGAAGAAAGUAAAAGGAAAGAAUGUACAGCCAAUUCCUAAUUCAUCUUACCUUUGGGAAGCAGUUGCAACAAACUUGGAUGAAUUUCAAGAUGUUUCAGAGAAACUUUUCUCAAGUAAAAAUAGAACUGAGGUUUCAGUGGGGAAGAAGUUGAAGAAUGACAUGCUACCUGAGAUUGAAAAGGUCCAUAAGAGGAGAGAGAGAUUACUGAAGAAACAACAACGACAAGCUCUUCUACUUGAUAAUAUGGUGAUUAUGGAUGGGCUUGCUCCAGGACGCUCCCUGCGUGAUAGAAAACAUGUCACGUAUACUUUUGAUGAUUAUGACCGAUCAAUUGAUGAGGCUAUCAAGAUAACCAAGCAGAAACAGCCAUCGCCAGAACCUACUGCUGGAAGAGUUGCUGCUGCAAAACCUGAUCCUUCUACAAAUGGUAGGUGGAUUAGUCCUUCACGAACUCCUCUGCAAGCCACUUUGGAUACUCGAUCUCUGACAUCAUCAGAUUAUGAUGAAAUGGAUGUGGACCGUAAACCUGAAUCGUUGAAUGCCAGUAACCGACGAAGACAAAGGCCUUGGCGAUAUUUGGAAAAAGAGUAUUUUGAAGCAGUUUCAGAGAUUGAGUCUGACUUUCAUAGUGACGAUGAUAUAGUUGGAGAGGUUGUAUAUGAGGAGGAAUAUUUGAGGCGGCAGAAACAAAGGAGGACAAUGUCAAGCAGCUCUGGAGGAGAUGAGGAGUAUCAUUUGGAUGAAGAACACGCGGAAGACGAAGAAGAAGAAGAAGAAGAGGAUGAUGCUGAUUCUUUAAAUAUCAGUGAGGAUAGUGAUCAGCCCAAAAGAUUUAAGAAACUUCCAGGCCGCACUAGGAGGGAAACUAAAUUGAGGUCAAUUAAUGAGCUCCAGCCUGGUCUAAGGCGUAGUAAAAGGGCAACAAGAAACCGUAUCAAUUAUAGACAGUAUGAACUGUCAGAGUCCGAAGCGGAGUCAAUGAAACCUGAGAGUACAAAUGCCUCAGAUGAACACACAGAUACUGAUCGUGCAGAAUUUUCAACAGAAAGUCAGGAAUCUGAAGGCAACAAUGAUAACCAGGAUACGAAAGAAGUUGAUCAGCCUGCAGAGGGGCUUCCGGAGACCACAGAGAAAGAGCAAAACCGAGCACCUGAGAAAUCAAAAAGUCCAGAUGAUGAUGAAUUUGCUGGUGUAAGAAAAAGACAAUUUCUUGACCUAAAUGAACUUGCUCCAGGUUCUGGUUUUGAAGAUGGUCCCAACUCAACAGUGAAUGAUCAAGACCCGGAUGACUUCUAAUGCCUUUCUCUCCACAGGAAGCUUAUAAUGUUCUUGGGGGAAAGGUGGUUGUAUGAUACAUAAUUUAUAAAAUUUUGGUAUAAGUUGAGGAAGUUACAUGUAGAGAGUCACUUCCAUGGUGCAACUCUAGUAGCCACCCUAGUCCAGUGUCUGCAUGGUUUCCGGGACGCUGAGAACAUUAUGUACAUCGAGUAGUCGUCAUUUUUUUUAUAUGCCUACAUCCGAAGGAGCCUAGGGCAAAUGAAUCGGAAAAUUAUCAAGGGUUGUUCUCUUACCCGUUUACUGUAAAAUAACCUUUGAACUCAUAUUGUAGCCAAAAGUUCACUUUUUGAUGCUCGAGCCCCAUUGUUUUGUCCUCCAUGGUCAUGAAAAUAGCCUGCUUCCAAGCA